AUGUCGGGUGAGCCCAGCGCUCGAGGAGUUUCCCACCAGCCAGGAGAGUCGUUGAUAAACAGCGAAGAGCCCAUAGCGACUCCCAUUGAAGGACACCAUGAAGGGCAUCAUGAAGGACAACAGACUGCCAGCGGCCCAAGCGAUAGCUGUGAAGCUGCUCCCGGUUCAAAAGCGUUUGCAAGCCCAUCUCGAUGGCUCCAGCAGGUGUGGCAGAUCUGGUUGCAGGGUAAAGGAAUGCUGCUGGUUCUGCUCGCGCAGUUCUUUGGAGCUACCAUGAACGUCAUGGCGAGGCUGCUGGAGCGAGAUGGGCCUCACGGUAAAGGCAUGGCUCCCUUUCAGAUUUUACUCGUUCGUAUGCCCGCAACCGCCCUGUUCAGCUUCAUAUAUAUGUGGUAUAUGAAGGUCCCUGAUCCUCUGGGAGCGCCAGCCAUACGGCCACUCUUGAUACUUCGCGGUAUUAGUGGGUUUAUAGGAGUGCUGAGCCUGUAUUACUCCCUCAUAUACCUGCCUCUCUCCGAAGCCACCGUCUUGACCUUUUUGACGCCAAUCGCCUCUUGCUAUGUGGCGUCCUUCGUCAUGCCAAACGAGAGGUUUACAAAGAGACAGCAGUUGGCCGGAGUAAUAUCGAUUCUCGGGGUCGUUCUCAUUGCAAGGCCAGUGGCACUCUUCCCAAAAAGCCCAACGGAGCAGGAAUCCGCCAGUAUGCUGCCACAGAGCAAUUCGUUCCUUACGAGACUCUUUGCAGCCAGCGGGAGCUCACAGGAUCCUGAUAUAAAGCAGCAUCUUCUUGCUGUUGCAGCAGCUCUCGUGGGAGUGGUGGGAGCAACAACGGCAUACACCAUGAUCCGCAAAAUCGGGCGUCGUGCUCACCCUCUCGUGAGCGUCAAUUACUUCGCCCUUUCAACUUCAGUCAUGUGUCUCAUUGCUGUUCUGUUCAUCCCCUCUGUUAGCCUGAGGCUCCCUGCCAACCUCACCGAGCUUCUUCUGCUCAUCAGCCUGGGCCUUUGUGGAUUUGUCUUUCAGUAUCUUCUGACGGCCGGCCUUUCGUAUGUGCCCCCGAAAAUUGAUGGAAAGCCCUCCACCCAUGGCUCUAGUGCCACAUCUAUGUUAUAUCUACAGAUUAUCUUUGCGUUGUUCUAUGACAAGGUUAUAUGGAACACCACUCCGUCAUCUACCAGCUUGCUUGGAUCUACGAUCAUUCUACUGAGUGCCUUGUAUGUGGCACUUUCAGCUGGGCGUGAUAAAAAGGCCGACAACGGUAGCCAGACAAAACCUGGGGAGACCUCCCAACAUCCUGAGAACAGCAAUGACGAGCACGAUGUCGAGCACCAAGCCUUGCCCAAGCCGUGGACUGCUCGGGAUCGUGCAUCGGCUGAUGAAGGCGAGACUGAAGCCUUACUGGGCCGCCGUCGCGGUGGUUGA